CCCCUUCCCUUCCCCUCCCUUCUCUUCGCCUCCCCUCUCCUCCGUGCCUUUCCCCUUCCUUCCCUAUCUCUCCCCUCUUCCCCUCCCUACCCCUGAACCUGCGGGCUCCGCCUUGGAGCAGCGGGCGGGACCGAAUCCACCUCUACCCCGCCGCCCGGGCCUGGUGGCCCAGUCCCUGGCUGUAGCGACAUGCGGCUCCUGUUCCUGGCAGUACUGAGGCCUCACACUGGCAACGCGAUCACGGCUGGGCGCCUGCGGGAUCACCUAGAAGCUGCAGGCCACAUGUGCGUUCUGAGAGAUGCCUUUGACUUUGAAAGCCCAUCUGAAAUCGCCAACCUGAUCGUGGACGAGAAUCUGGAAGCAGCACUAGCCCUUCACCUCUACCGAGGAGGCAGACUUCUCCAAGGUCACGGCAUUCCUUUCGGGGUCAUCUUUGGUGGAACUGAUUUAAAUGAAGACGCCAAUCACAAAGAAAAAAAGGAAGUCAUGGGAAAAGUUCUGGAGGAAGCCAGGUUUGCCGUGGCUUUCACAGAGGCAAUGAAGGAUACGGCAGAGGUGCAGUGGCCACAUGCAACUGGAAAGAUCUUUGUCCAGAGUCAAGGAAUUGCAACAAUACCAAAUGCUGACUUUAACUGGAACACCUUCCUCCAGCAAUCAGAGAUCGACCAAAGCGCUGACGACCUGCACAUAUUCCUUGUCAUAUGUGGACUCAGACCAGUGAAGGAUCCUUUGUACCUGGUGGAUGCCUUCUCAGAAUGGCAUCAAGAAACACCCAAUGUUUACAUGGUGAUUGUAGGUCCUGAGGUGGAUCCAGUAUUUACAAGGGAAGUAAAAGACCGGGUGAAGAGGGCGUCAGGGGUGCGACUGAUCCGAGAGAUGUGCCAGGAGGAUCUGCAUGCAGUGGUGAAGAGCUGCUUUGCGCUGGUCAACAGUUCAGUCUCCGAGGGUAUGUCAGCCGCCAUCUUGGAGGCAAUGGAUUUAGAAGUUCCGGUGCUAGCCAGGAACAUCCCUGGGAACUCGGCUGUGGUAGAGCACGGAGUCACAGGACUGCUGUUUUCAAACCCUCAGGAGUUCAUUCAGUUGGCAAAGAGACUGGUUAGCGAUCCCGCACUGGAGAAGGAAAUCGUGACCAACGGAAGGGAAUACGUGAGGACACAUCACUCCUGGCAGGUGGAAAGAGACACCUACCAGCGCCUCAUUGGGAAGCUGGAGGCGUGCUCGGAGGAUUAAGUGAUGGAAGUCUGUGCUCGCCACAUCUGUCCCAGAAACUGUCAGGUGCUCAGCUCUGGGUAGACGCCACGAAAUGGGACCCAGUCCUGGACCACUGGGACCCUAGAGUCUGCAGGAACACAUCCACCCCCAACUCUCCUCCUGUGUGGCAGACAGUUCUGCUGUGCUUACAGCUCAGUUCUGGACGGACUUAUAGCUCACUUCUGAGAGUGCUUGUGGCUCAGUCCCAGAGGUGCUUACAGAUCAGUCCUCAGUGGACUUGUAGGCUCACUGCUGAAAGUUCUUAUGGCUCAGUCCCAGAAGUGUUUGCAGCUCAGUGCAGGAGAUGGAGGUGUAUCUCAGGGGCCUUAGGAGGAGUGUUCCAAGAACUGCUUUUACACCUUGUGGAGGCUUAUUUAUAAGCAACCGCAGAGCAGACCCUUCCCCUGCCUUCACAAAGAAGAAACAAAAAGGCCAGGAUUGUCAAUGGAGUGGAACCGGCAGCAGUUUUGAUAGGAUCUUGAUCUGCAGGCCAUCGCGGGAUCCUGAUGGGCACGAGAGCGGCGGCAGGGGUGAGGGGAGGGGAGACAAGCUGUGGCUGGCACGCUAACAAGCUCUGGACAGGCUGUAGCUAGGUUGUAUCCCGUUGCCUUGCUUUUCACUGGUGCACAGAAGAACCUCGCAAGCUUUCCAAAAUAGGCCCUGCCCACCAGUAUGACAUCACAAGGAGCCUGGACGAUGAUUGGAUGGCCCCCACAAUGGAGGCUGGAACCUUGAAUUCAGUGUAGGCGUUUUUCCCUCUGACUGCUAGGGAAUUGAGGAUGAGUUUUGACUGAAGACUCCAGGCAACGGUGGUACCCAAGACUGUGACAGGAGGUCACUGGGGUAUGGGAGGUCAGCUUUAGGGGAUGAGAUCUCCCUACAACAGCGCUCCGUACCUCCAGUGGCCCCUUCGUUGAAUUUCAACAAGGCUGUGCUACUGUGGGCAGGAGGCGGAAUAGCCACCUGUGCUAAAGCAAGCAGCUUGAAGGAGGAGGGAAGAAGAAUGCAGCCAAGAGCUACACGUGCAUAGAAAGUAUCAGGCUCUGGAGGAAACGGAGGAGGAGUCCGAAUCCAGAUCAUAUUUGCUCCAACUCAGAGGCACAUCUGGGCCUUUUGCUUUUCUUAGCAAUAGCAAGCAUCUCCUUUUAAGAGAAGCAGGCUGGAAGGAGGCAAACUUUGUAAACCAGAACUUCAGGGAUGAAAUCAGAGCUCGAUUCUAUAAGAUGCAAUUCUCGGCUUUCUAGUCUGUACCUCACAUCCAGCACCGUCACUUUCAUGAAGGCUCCAGCGGAGGCCGCAGCAAUCCGCAUUGCGUGAGCUUCAAGCAUUUGGGGGCGCACUGAGAAAUGUGUCCAUUUCCUUAGCCCGAACUGAGCUGGGGUCUUACCUCUCUGGGCACAAGAAGGGGAAGUAGGUGGGAGGGGAGGUUGAGUAAGGAGGCCUGAAUCUCCAGAGCAGCUCUUCUGAGCCCAGAGUUCAAACCCACCUCCGGAGAGGUGUGUAGAGGAUUCAAAGGUCAGGAGUCACAUUUGUUUACAAGAGCGGGAUGCUCUGAAAUGCUUGCCCCUCCUUUGCCUGGGGAUGACAUCACUGCCUAACUACUCUGCCAGCAUCACUAAGCUACAUCUGCAAAUGCACUUUGGGGAAGCAGGGGUUCUUAACUAAUAAAGCACGUUACCAUCUGCCAUA